AUGUCAACUUCGCGAACAUAUCGUAUUUUAUGGUCACCACAUCCAGGAAUCAAUAGAUUCUUGAUAGGUUCAAAUGACUUGAAACUAUAUGAGUAUAAGCCAAAGGGACAUGAUGGAAACCCAACUCCAAAAAUGAUUACUGUAAAUUCAGAUCCAUUAAUGAAGUGUUUUACAUGGUCACCCGAUCCAAAUUAUUCAACUUUAAUUGCGGUAGGUCAAACAAGUGGAAAAACACUUCUCAUAAAUAUGCUCGAUGACAGCACAUUAAUGGAAAACAGCAACUCGUCGCCAUCAAAUUUUAUCAAAUCACAAACUACCACAGCAACAUCACAAAGCGUGUAUUUACCACAGCAAUCAGCAGCACAAACAAAAUUUCAAUUCAACGUGCGAUACUCGCGAGCUUGUAAUGUCGUGAGAUUUUGUGAGAAAGAACCCCGUUUACUGGCAAUCGGGCUCGACAAAGUUCGAAAUGAUAGCUCGUUAUUGAUUUGGGAUGUGGAACAGGCGACCAAAGUGUCAUCUUCAAAUCCACCAGUUGGCGAUUAUAAUAAAAGACAAUACAGUGGGUCAAAAAUAUCACCUGAUCAACCGAUAAGUAGGACUGGUAGUAUUAGUGGAUGGAGUGACCGAAAAUCCGCCACGAGAUUUAACUAUACCUUUCAAGAGACACCGAUAAUUUCUAGGCCUUUACCUAUUGUUCCCACUUUAUCUUCAUCAGCUCCAAGCUAUACGCGUGCAGAUGAUACAAAGCCUCUUCAUUCAUAUGGCAACAACGAAACUGUUAAUUCGUGUGCGUGGUUUCCGACAACUUCACGAAGGUUGGUGGCCGGAAUGGCUGGAAAGUAUCUUCGAAUUUACGAUUUGAGAGCGGAAUCGUCAACUCAUGUUAGUGCAGUAUCAACUAAAGCCGUUUACGGUUUAAAAGUUGACACAUUUAAUGUGAAUCCAAUUUCAAAUGAUAUUUCUUUGACGCGUAUAAUUAUCAAAUAUUACGUUCUAAGCAUCACAACAGAAUCAAGACCUAUCCGAGUUGCAUUUUCACCCAAGCGUGCAGGAUUACUCGCAGUCUUGGAAAAAGAUUCGGCACAUUUAACCUUGUACGAUAUCCAAGAAAGCAGCGGUAAAUAUAUAUACUCGUCACCGACUUUAUCGCAACGUGCAUUUUCUUCGAUGAAUCUUGAAUUAGCAGCAGGGUCGUCUUCAGCAUUAUCAAGACAACAAUCCAUGACGAUGAGUGGAUAUCCAUCGUCUUCAAUGAUCGGCGUAAAAGGAUCGAAAUCGAUUAUUUCAUUUGCUUGGAUACCGACAACAUCCACAUCUUCUUCAUAUCGAAUCUUAACCAUAAACAAAGAUGCAGAUAUUGAUACCAUGUAUCGCGAAGAAAGCUUACAAAUAUCAUGGGCCCCACGUGGCAACAUGAUACUCGCUAGUGGAAGGCGAAUCAAAAUAUAUGACACCGAAACAAACAAUGAUUACGAAGAUGAGGACGGAAUCAGGAAGACUAUUCAUUAUACACCAGAACUCGCCACUUUUAACAGUAGAACUGAUAGUCUUUAUCAAACACCUGCUAUUAGCACUACAACUCCAAAGAUAUAUAACCAAAAAAGAACAUUGACAAGUGUACAACAAUUUCAAUCUCCUUUCCUUAGUGUUCAGCAUGAUAAUGAAACUGAGAGUGGAAAUAGGACACCGAGACCCGGUGAUAUUACUGCGAAAGAUGCCGGUUCAUUAGGAAAACGAUUGCAUGGCAUGGCAUUAGAGCAGCAGGAUAAAACGGUUUAUGAGAGAAGGAUUUUUGAUAAUCGACAUGAUGAUUUGUCACCUUGGGAAUUGAGAAAUGAUAUUUCAGUGAUAAUACGUGAGCGUGCAGGUCGAGGUUAUUCUAUGAAUUGCAUAACAAAUAAAGAUAUCGUCCGAAAUUUUCCUAAAUUAAUUGCGCUCUGGAAUUGGAUUUCUGAAGCACAAUCACGCGCAUUGGAAAGUAACUCGCACAUUGGUAUCACAGACAAUAGUUAUCAUGGUAUUCACACCAUUUGGCAAGGAUUAUCAUCAUCUUCUGUAAUGUCAACUCCUAAAGUUAAUCAAUCGCGAUUCUUCAUUUCAUCUCAAAUACUUGACGCUAAUGAGAUUCCAUUUGUGCAAACAUCUAAACCUGCGCAACGCAAAUUGUCACUAUCCAUUUGCGGAUGGGGUUUUGGCAAAAAAGAAUUAGAGGAAGCGUUAAUAAAAAUGGAACAUUCAAAAGAAUUCGAAAAAGCCGCCGGAUGGGCCCUUUUUCAUGGGUUGACAGAAAGAGCAAUUAAAGCUUUAAAUAAUAGUCAAGAUGAGAGACUGAAAUUAGUAUCAGCAGCAUUAGCUGGGUAUGCUAUUCACAACCAAGACGAAUCUUAUCAACCAAAUUCUCUGUGGCGUGAAAUGUGUCGUAACCUAAGUCUUGAAAUGCGAGAACCGUAUCUACGAGCAAUGUUCUCGUAUAUUGCAUCUGGUCAUUGGUUUGAUGUGCUGCAGGAGGAAAAAUUGUCAUUGGGAGAUCGUAUUGGAAUCGCAUUACGGUUUUUAAAUGAUAGUCAGCUUGACGCGUAUAUUAAUGAGACUACAACAAAAGUGAUGUCGGCGGGUGAUAUCGAAGGAAUUGUUUUGACUGGAUUAACUUCAAAAGGCGUCAAUCUUUUUGAACAGUAUGUAAAUAAUACAGGAGAUGUGCAGACAGCAAGUUUGGCGCUUAGUUUCUGCGUACCUCGACAAUUCAAGGAUAAUCGGGUAGUACAAUGGGUAGAAAGCUAUCGUCAGCUUCUCGACCAAUGGGCAAUGUUUCAUGAUCGUGCAAACUUCGACAUCGAGCGCGGAAAACAUAUUGGCCCAAAUCCAGCUGGAAUGGUUGCCCCUCAAGUAUCAGUACGAUGCAAUUUCUGUAACCAUAGUAUCGUGCAUGGAACUUUUUCCUCGUCGCCAUCCGCUGCGCGUCCUCCAUCGAAAGGAAAAGACGGAAAACAGAGACAGGGAGGGGGUCCGACUAUUUCUGCAAAGAAGGCUACUUGUUGUCCUGAUUGUCGUAAACCGCUUCCACGUUGUGCUAUUUGCCUACUAAGUCUUGGGAUGCCAAUUGAUUCUCUACGUGAAUCAUUUUCAAAUGUAUCAACUAGUUCAUCAGCAUUUGAUGGAGCGUCAAAUUUCGACCUAUGGUUUACUUGGUGCCAAACAUGUCGACAUGGAGGCCACGCAAAACAUAUAUCACAGUGGUUCCAGAAACACAAGUUCUGUCCUGUUAGUGAUUGUUCGUGUCAGUGUAAUAAUAUGUGA